AUGGAUUCGCUCGAUAACUUGGAUCCAGAGCUUUCUGCCCUUUCCUAUGAUCACGACGUCGCCUAUGAAGAUCAGCAUCCGACGCCCCCCUCAAACGACUCUGGGCGGGCAGCCCUUGCCAAUCGUAUCGGGACCUCAAAAGUCUAUUUGCUGUCUGAAUCGUCCACGGCUAGAGUCGGCAAGCGCAAACAUGCCGAUGAAGUCGAGGACGAGACAUUAGGAGACGGGGUCAACGACGACGAGAUGGACGAAGACUUGACGCAUCGCGGCAAUGCUAUAUUGUUACAGGGUACACCCAUCUCCCACCUUCCCACUGCUCGUCUCUUCGCCUAUGCCACGCACUUUGACACACACCCGCUCGGCCUGGAAUGGAUCAACGAUAACACUUGCGUCUUUGUCUUUGAAACCAAGGCUGGUGCGCGUACUGGCCAACGCUUUUUGCAAAAGUCUCCGGCAGAAAAGCCCGAUGAAGACGACUUUGUCACCGCGAAGCCGAUACCCAUCGCGCUAUGGCCGCCAGAGGAACGCAUCAACAAGAGUCUGGGGAAGGGUGAGGGCUUGAAAGGAGUCAUUAGGAUGCGUUGGGCGAGGGAAGGAGAUGUGAAGAAGCGCGGGGCCAAGAAAGAUAGCGAGUUUUACAAGAAGCAUGGGAGCCAUGCAGGGAAAGAGCUAUAUGAUGGGAGAGAGGGUCCUGGUGCGAACAAAAGAAGGAGAAGAAAUCCAGAAGAGGACAAAGCACUGUUGGAUCAAGACCUGGAUGAGUUUCUUGCAGAAGAUGAGCCAGAUACUGCGGCAUCGCCACCGUCCAAGAUGUACUCCGACUAUAUCUCAUCAGAUGGUCGGACGCUACUUGACCGUACCGACAGCAUCCGUGAAUAUCCAGAAUCGGGUAUUUUGGCGGGACGUUUAACUGAGCAGCGCUCUCAACGCUCUAGAAACGGGCGGCCUCAUGAUAGAGAGAGACGCAGACGACGUGGCGGACGAGGAUCAGAGAGACGCAGGGGAGAAGAGCGUCCGAAUAAGAGUCAGCAGCAGCUGGAUGAUGAACUAGACGCAUUUUUGAAGGAAGGGGAGUGA